AUGGAGGCUCAGGGGAGCACGGCUCAGUCCAUCAGUGCGGACGAGAUUGCCUUGUAUGAUCGGCAGAUUCGUCUUUGGGGGUUGAAGGCACAGGAAAAACUACGCUCGGCCAACAUCCUCUUAAUUACGUUCAAGGCGCUGGCAAAUGAAAUCGCUAAAAACCUGGUGCUAGCUGGGAUUGGUACUCUAACCAUCAUCGAUCAUGAAUCUGUUACGGAGGAGGAUCUUGGGGCCCAAUUCUUCGUCACAGAAGAGCACGUUGGCAAGAACCGUGCACAAGCGGCAGCACCGUCUAUCCGUGCCAUGAACCCAAGGGUUCACCUCCAUGUCGACACCGACGAUGUUCAUACCAAGCAGCCGGACUUCUUCGCGGGAUUUGACGUCAUUAUCGCAACCGAACUUGAUUAUGCCACCUACGCAACCAUAAAUGCGGCGUGUCGUAUUGCCAAUCGUCCAUUCUACGCGGCGGGAUUGCACGGGUUUUAUGGAUUUGUCUUUGUCGACUUGAUCGCCCAUGAUUUUGUGAUUGAACGGUCCAAGUCGAAUGUAGCGUCAGCAACGCAAGAAACUCCAACGCGGAGCAUCGUCAGCAUCACGACAAAGAAGGAGCAGGAUAAUGUCAUCGAAAUGGUCACCAAGCGGGAAAGCUAUUCUCCGCUGAUUCUGGCCAACACCUCUCCUCUCCCUGAAGAUUUAACCCGGCUACCCCGGAAGCGUCGACAGGUUACCCCCCUCCUUACCUGCCUCCGGGCUCUGUGGGAGUUCCAGAAGAUAUCCGAAGGCCGACUGCCUACGUCCUCUCUCCAGGACCUCGAGUCCUUCACCAAGCUUGCCCGGGAUCGCCACCAUGAAUUGAAACUAGAUAUCAGCACACUCGACUCGGUCUUUCUGCGCACCUUCUUGCAGAAUCUGGGGAGUGAGUUGAGUCCCGUUGCGGCUUUUGUGGGCGGCAAGUUGGCCCAAGAUGUGAUCAACGUGUUGAGUGCUAGGGAACAGCCAAUCCAGAAUCUCUUGCUGUUUGACGGUGAGAAAUCCGUGGCGCCCGUCUACCCCUUGCAUCCCUUCUUUCCCCCGGAGGUGGAAAACGCCCUUCCUGCCGUUGUUCCUGUCGCAAACCCCAUUUUGCUGGAUGACGACCCGAUUACGGGCAACGCAGAUGGGACGGACUGA